GCUGCCUGCGGCGAGCUGCUCAAGAGGGGGUGGGGGAAGCUGCCGCAGCCGGUCGCCUUUCUCCGCCGCCGCUGGUUGGAUCAUUUCAAUAAAAGUGUUUUUUCUCUCUCGCUCGCUCUCCCCGGGGGAACAGGCGGAGGCGUCAGUCCGCAGCCGCCGAGUGAAAAAGCGACGCAUACGCAGCGAGCGUCUCCUCAGCUUCGCACGGCCCGGUCCCAGAGAAGAAGGAGCCCGUGUCCGGCCGGGCCGCCGCAACCGGGCGUCGGCGCCUCACUCCCGCUGCGGCUCCUCCAAGGGGAUUAGUGGGCCGCCUGCGCGGCUCGGCAGCCCGGGAGCCAUGUUGUCCGGGGGGCUUGACAACGCGUGAGGGACCGGCGGCCCUUCCCGGAGGCUCGGACCCUCGGCGUGAGCUGGAAGGCUGCUGCGGCGGCGGAGGCCUGCGCCUCGGAGGCGCCUCGGGUCUGCCAGUCGCUGGGACCCGGACCUGCAUCCGGUCGCCGCGGGCGUCGGAGGAGCCGCUUUCCUUGUGUGCCUCGCCUCGCCAGCUCUCGGGACGCGGUCUCCGCACUUGCUGGAUUUUUCAAGUCACAUUCAGUUGAUAGGAUGAAAAAAUUUAAGAGAAGGCUAUCCCUCACGCUUCGAGGAAGCCAGACUAUUGAUGAAUCGUUGUCUGAAUUGGCUGAACAAAUGACUAUUGAAGAAAACAGCAGCAAAGAUAAUGAGCCUAUCGUGAAGAAUGGCAGACCUCCAACCUCUCACAGUAUGCAUUCCUUCCUCCACCAGUACACAGGGUCCUUCAAGAAGCCUCCAUUGCGGAGACCACAUAGCGUUAUUGGAGGAAGCCUUGGCUCCUUCAUGGCAAUGCCCAGAAAUGGAAGCAGAUUAGAUAUUGUUCAUGAAAAUCUAAAAAUGGGAUCAGAUGGUGAGAGUGACCAAGCUUCUGGGACAUCAUCUGAUGAAGUCCAGUCACCUACGGGUGUUUGUCUUAGAAAUCGUAUACAUAGACGGAUCUCAAUGGAGGAUUUAAAUAAGCGGUUAUCGCUGCCUGCAGAUAUCAGAAUACCUGAUGGAUAUCUUGAAAAGUUGCAGAUAAACAGUCCACCAUUUGAUCAACCAAUGAGCCGAAGGUCUCGGAGAGCUUCUUUAUCAGAAAUUGGGUUUGGAAAAAUGGAAACCUACAUCAAAUUGGAAAAGCUUGGAGAGGGUACAUAUGCAACAGUAUAUAAAGGAAGAAGUAAAUUGACAGAGAAUUUGGUGGCAUUGAAAGAGAUCCGGUUGGAACAUGAAGAAGGUGCACCCUGCACAGCAAUAAGAGAAGUUUCACUAUUAAAGGAUCUAAAACAUGCAAAUAUAGUAACGCUACAUGACAUUGUUCACACAGAUAAAUCUUUGACUCUGGUCUUUGAGUAUCUGGAUAAAGAUCUAAAACAGUACAUGGAUGACUGUGGAAACAUCAUGAGUAUGCACAAUGUUAAGCUGUUUUUAUACCAAAUUCUACGUGGUUUGGCAUAUUGCCACAGAAGAAAGGUGUUACACCGAGACUUAAAACCACAGAACCUCCUCAUUAAUGAAAAAGGAGAAUUAAAGCUAGCAGAUUUUGGACUAGCCAGAGCCAAGUCAGUUCCCACAAAGACCUACUCAAAUGAAGUUGUCACACUGUGGUACCGGCCGCCUGAUGUGCUUCUCGGUUCCUCAGAGUACUCAACACAGAUUGACAUGUGGGGUGUUGGUUGCAUUUUCUUUGAAAUGGCUUCUGGAAGACCUCUGUUUCCAGGAUCAACUGUGGAAGAUGAACUGCACUUAAUUUUCCGACUGCUAGGAACUCCAUCUCAGGAAACUUGGCCAGGUGUUUCUUCAAAUGAUGAGUUCAAGAACUACAACUUUCCAAAAUAUAAACCACAGCCUCUAAUUAACCAUGCACCCAGGUUAGACUCUGAAGGAAUCGAGUUGAUAACAAAAUUUCUUCAGUAUGAAUCUAAGAAAAGGGUUUCAGCAGAAGAGGCCAUGAAACAUGUGUACUUUCGAAGUCUGGGACCAAGGAUACAUGCUUUACCUGAAAGUGUAUCAAUAUUCAGUUUGAAAGAGAUUCAAUUGCAAAAGGACCCGGGUUUUCGAAAUUCUUCUUAUCCAGAGACAGGACAUGGGAAGAACAGAAGACAGAGCAUGCUCUUUUAAGUCUGGUAACAUGGUUUCAAGCCCAGCCCCCAGCCUUUCUUAUCAAUCAAGGACUCAGAUCUGAAGGCAAUUAUUUCUUUUGGUGGACUUGGAAUCUUCGUUUGUCUACACUGUCCUCUUCACAGUGGAGUCUUUUUAUUUCAGACCUACAAAUUGUUUUUAUAUUUGUUGUCACAGUGUGACAAUUUUUUUGUACAGUUGGUUUUAAGGUCUUCUCUGCCAUUAGAGCCAGUAGGUUACAGCUAUUGAUGUAACUGUAGCUGCAAUUUUUGUGCAGGACUGAGAAACACAAUGCAUUAUUUAUUGCGGAAUCAUUGCUGCUAAAUAACUACUGUCUGUUUAUUUAACACAACAGUUGAAUGCCUGAAGAAGUUGCAGUGGCUUUAUUAUACGUGAAUGCAUCUGUUUCUCCUCACAAAUUGUUUUACUGCUGCAUUUUUUCUUUGUUUGUUUUUAAAAUUAAACUGCAGUGUUUCCUGGAAUGUAAAUCCAGCUUUGCUUAACAGUAAAAUAAGUGAGCCAACUUGAACACUCUUACAUUCAUGCUAUAUAAUUUUUUUAUUGAACAUUGGCAAAUAGUGUAGUAAGAAAUUGAUAAGCACAUUAUGUUUAGGAAAGCAUGUGAUGCAGAAGUUGAUUCAAGCAAGUGAAUAUCUGACAUUUUGGGGAUCUCGUAUUAAAUACCAGUAAAUUAAAGCACCAAAAUUAUUUAUUUUUAUUUUUCCUCAUUUUAGAAAUAUUUCCUGCAUAUUAUUGGAUAUUUGUAUACUAAUACACUUACCUAUUUUACAUCGUGCUUUAAUUUAGUUAAAACUAAACCAUACAAGUCCAGUCAAACAUCAGAGGUCUUGUUUUGUUUAUUUGUUUUAAAUACAAUUCUUUUAUUAGAAUGGAUGAUCAUUGGGGAACAGUUUUAUUUCAUUUGGGAGCUGUGUGUGUGUGUUUUAAUAACAUUCACUUGGAAUCAGUUGAAAGCUGUAAUAUGUCUUUGAAAUGAGCCAUGCUAAAUACAAAUGAGAGAAAUGAGAACUUGGAAGAUUGUUUUAAAGCAUUAUAGAUAUUAUCUGUUUACCAGAGGUAGUAAAUAUUACAGUUUUAAUUAUGCAUCUUUUUGAACAUCAUAAAUACACCUUGGUGUUGGUAACAGUGUUUUAAGCAUUUGUGUUCACUUUUAAGGACUGUUUGUUUAGUGCAUCUUACCAACUGCAAAUCUUAAUUGCGAUAUUUUGAAAUGGUCAUGUAAAUUUUGGGCUUAUAUAUCAUGAAAAUAGUCAUAACUUAAUUCUUUUCCUGACAUUCACUGUAAAACAUUCAGGGGUCCUACCAUUUCUGUUCAGGAAAUCUUGUAGUUUAUUGUUAUUUAACAGUAUUAAGUGAAUUUUUGUAUAUUUCAUUUUAAUUUUAUUUGUGAAUAGUGAUUGUGGCAUGUUUGGGGUGUUAUUUUAAUAUUUCAUAAUACUGAAAUUUUAAUUUUUUAAGAAAAAUUUUCUGGAAGAAACAGAUUCAUGUGUAAUGGUGAAUAUUGGACCACUACUGCUUUUCACAUUUGUAAAUUGGUUUUAUGUUAAACCCUGUAGCCUAACAAACUGCUGUUAUUUCUAACUGACAGAUAUGUAUUAAUAUUGUACUUUGAAGGUUAUAAAUAUUAUGUGAAAAUUCCUCCAUUUUGUUUUGAAAUUUAUAAUAACAAAAUCUUCAUGUUGUUAAAA